UAUGUCAUUUUUAUUAAGUCUUUUUUAACGUUACAUCGAACAUCGAUGUUAUAUUAAUAAGAUUUUUCUAGAUUAGUUCUAUUUAAUUUACACAUAAAUUGUAUUUUAAUCCAAAACAUUUUAAAAUUUUUUAUAAUACACAAUGUUGAUUAAAGUGAAAACGCUGACUGGCAAAGAAAUCGAAAUCGACAUAGAACCAACUGACAGAGUAGAAAGAAUUAAAGAAAGAGUUGAAGAAAAAGAAGGUAUACCACCACAACAGCAAAGGUUAAUUUUCUCGGGUAAACAAAUGAAUGAUGAGAAGACUGCUCAAGAUUAUAAAGUUCAAGGAGGAUCUGUAUUACAUUUGGUAUUAGCGCUAAGAGGUGGUAAUUCUAGAUUUCCGUAGAAUGUAUAAUAUUUUAAUUGUUUAAAUUACGAAAAUGGCGUUUAUAAUUUUUUCGGAUAUUUGUUUCCGAUUAAAAAAAAACCAAACAAACAACUUGAAACAAGAUAAGGUAAAAAAUUGUCAAAUAGAAUUAAUACAGCAAUGAUUUGUUAUUAAUAUUAUUACCAGAUCCUUUUUAAUAAAUUAUAUAUUUUUCUAUCCUAAAAAUUUAAUUAAAUUGUAUCUUUAAUUAAUAAAAAAAAACC